UCCUCCUUCCGCCUCUGCUGUCUCCUGAUCCGGUAAGGUUUUCUUCUGAUUGCCCAUUAGAUCUGGUCCCGCUCCGAUCUUCUAGAGAUUGGAGGCGGUCUUCAUUCUCUCUGAACGGAAGAGUGCAGAAAAUAGGGCUCUUCUGCUUCCGAGUCUUCUCUCUUGUGGCGAUUUAGAGGUUGCGUCACGGAGACGCAGCUCAGCUCCUCUAUAAAAGCGCUGAGACUCUCUUUCCUCCUUCCGCCUCUGCCGUCUCCUGAUCCGGUAAGGUUUUCUUUUUGAUUGCCCAUUAGAUCUGGUCCCGCUCCGAUCUUCUAGAGAUUGGAGGCGGUCUUCAUUCUCUCUGAACAGAAGAGUGCAGAAAAUAGGGCUCUUCUACUUCGGAGUCUUCUCUUUUGCGGCGAUUUAGAGGUUGCGUCGCGGAGAGGCAGCUCAGCUCCUCUAUAAAAGCGCUGAGACUCUCUUUCCCCCUUCCGCCUCUUCUGUCUCCUGAUCCGGUAAGGUUUUCUUUCGAUUGCCCAUUAGAUCUGGUCCCGCUCCGAUCUUCUAGAGAUUGGAGGCGGUCUUCAUUUUUUCUGAACGGAAGAGUGCAGAAAUUGGGGCUCUUCUACUUCCGAGUCUUCUCUCUUGCGGCGAUUUAGAGGUUGCGUCACGGAGACGCAGCUCAGCUCCUCUAUAAAAGCGCUGAGACUCUCUUUCCUCCUUCCGCCUCUGCCGUCUCCUGAUCCGCUAAGGUUUUCUUUUUGAUUGCCCAUUAGAUCUGGUCCCGCUCCGAUCUUCUAGAGAUUGGAGGCGGUCUUCAUUCUCUCUGAACGGAAGAGUGCAGAAAAUAGGGCUCUUCUACUUCCGAGUCUUCUCUCUUGCGGCGAUUUAGAGGUUGCGUCACGGAGACGCAGCUCAGCUCCUCUAUAAAAGCGCUGAGACUCUCUUUCCUCCUUCCGCCUCUGCCGUCUCCUGAUCCGCUAAGGUUUUCUUUUUGAUUGCCCAUUAGAUCUGGUCCCGCUCCGAUCUUCUAGAGAUUGGAGGCGGUCUUCAUUCUCUCUGAACGGAAGAGUGCAGAAAAUGGGGCUCUUCUACUCCUGAGUCUUCUCUCUUGUGGCGAUUUAGGGUUUUCCUCAGCUUCUUCUAGGUUCUAAUCGGUGAAGAGAGACGGAAGAACAGAGUUGAAGAGGGUAGGUGAAAGGAAGAGACAAUAAUUUGUAAGAGGGACCACAGUCUGACAAUAUUGUAAUCCUCGUUGAGUAAGGGUAUGGAUUGCUGGUUCAAGAGGGUAUGCAAUAUCUGUUUACACUCACACCUCUUGGUGCGGGUUCAAGAGGUAUGCUUGCCUCGAACAUGUGGUUGAACGGUAUCUUGGCCCAUUUUGAUGCUUUGAAAUGUUUAAUUUAAAUUUUACUACAUCCCUUCAGGGGUCAUAAAAUGAAGGGUAAAUGCAAAAAUAAAACCAAAUAUAAGGUGGAGGUUUUUAGAUUUUCGACUGAAUCACAAUUGAGUUGUUGGGUUUAACAAAAUUAUAAUUCAAUUUAGCCAAGUGUGAUCGGCUGAAAAUGCUAAAUUACCCUCAGCCUGCUGUGUAAUUGUUUCAGUAUUACUCUGUUGGGCUCUUAUAAAGCAAUGGAUCCAAAUGUUGCACGAGCUGUUGAGUAAUUUCCAACUGGUUUUGGUGAUUCGCUUUUAUUAGUUGAGAUAAAAAAAUAAAACGAAUUAUUAAUUAUUAAUUUGGUUUCGGCAUUAUAAAAAAAAAUUGUAUUUGAAAAAUAUUUUUGUAGUUAGAUGAGCAAAAAAGAAAAAUGUUUUUGAUAAUAGUUAAAUUCAAAAUUUAAAAUAAAAAAUUACACUCAAUACAUUUUUACGGGUCUGCUAGAUUCAAAUAAUGUAUCGUUCUUAUUUCUCUCACGCUUUUUGGUUGUAUUUGAGCAAUAAUUUGUCAGAGGCAGCAAGCCAGAUCUGGAAAUAUGGCAAGUUUUUAGAAAUUGGUGCUGCGCGUUUAGUCAUCUUUAACCAACAAGUUCUUAUGCUGGUUUUCAGUUCUGUUGCAGUCAAGAGAAAGGUUUCCAGGAUGCUUGAGAUGCUUGCCUCGUACAAGGGGGGGUGUACCAUGUGGGAACCGUGUUCCCAUAAUCUUGAUUCUGUCCGGUUCCAUCCAAAGUGCAUAAAGAAACCUAGUUCCCUCGCUGGAAACUGAUAAUAGUGCUCGGUAUUUUAUGUUUAUUACCAGUUAUUGUUAAUUUAUUGCGUGACUUUCAUGGGAGUUGUAUCAAUAUGUCUUGAUCCCUUUUCUUGUUCUUUGAUUUACCGGGACCAUAUUCUGAAAAUAUUGUAAUCGUCGCUCGGUAAGGGUAUGGAUUGCUGGUUCAAGAGGUUUGCAAUAUCUAUUUUCACUCGUAUCACUUGGUGCUGGAUUCAUAUGUUUUUCUUCUGUAUUAAAAAGUUACGUAUGUGUAUUAAUAUUGGUACCGAGGGGGCACUGCGCACUUACAAAAUUUUUACAAGUCGGCUGGAUUAAAAUAAUGUGACGUGCUUUGUUCGUCUCGGCGCUUUUUGCUUGUAUUUGAGCAAUCAUUUGUUAGAAGCAGCAGGCCAGAUCUGAAAAUAUGGCAAGUUUUUAGAAAUUGAUGCUGCGCCUUUUAGUUGCCAACACGUUCUUAUGUUGGUUUUCAGGUAAUUCUCUUUUGUUUCACUCCCUUUUAUUCGUCUUUAAGAUCUCGGAAUGGAAGUCCUCAGCUUCCUUGUCCCCCGCAUCUUUGAGUCUCAUCUUAAAGCUGAAGGUCAUUAUUUUUGGCCUGUCCAGCAGUUUUGUUGUGGUUGAGAGAAAGGUUUAAAGGAUGCAUGAGAUGCUUGCCUCGUACAAGGGUGUCUAUUAUGUGGGAACCGUGUUCCCAAAAUCUUGAUUCCGUCUGGUCCAUAGUCCCUGCAAAGUCAUUCCAUCCAAAGUGCAUAAAGAAACAUAGUUCCCACGUUGGAAACUAAUAGUGUUGUUCCGUACGACGUUUGUUACCAGUUUAUUUUUUGUUUGAUGUUCGCGGGAGUUGUAUCAGUAUGUCUUGAUCCCUUCUCUUGUUUUUUGAUUUACAGGGACCAUAUUCUGACAAUAUUAUAACGCUCGCUCGGUAAGGGUGUGGAUUGCUGGUUCGAGAGAGGCGGCAGGCCAGCCAGAUCGGGAAAUAUGGCAACUUUUUAGAAAUUGAUGCUGCGCGUUUACUUUACCAACAAGUUCUUAUGUUGGUUUUCAGGUGUCCCCACAGGGAAAUUGUAGCAGUUGGAAAACAAAGCAAAACUUUUUUGAUGCCCUGGGUUUUCGGAACUCUAAAAGUUGUGGUUUGGACUCUUGAUUCAAAGUACUUAGUGGGAAACUUGCUUAAGCGGAAAGAACGGAGUUUGUUCCAGUGGCUAUCUACACGAACAACGUGUGCUACGCGGAAUCCUUUCCUUGGUGCAGCAAAUUGGAGCGAGGGUGAAGCCUUCCUAAGUGUAGAGCUACAGAUUGAAGGUGACGAGUGCGGCUGCGUGGCUUCUGAGUGUGAUUUUACUCCGUGUACAUUAUCAGGGAAUGGAGUUUUUACUCUUACCGAGUUUUAUUUUAUAGGGUUGUCGUCCCCGUAUUUGUAUCUGCAAUUUGUGUAGUGUUGGAACGGAGGUUUAUGGCUUGAACUUCCAUU